GAAGCACAGCACCGAGUACCUAGCGAACCAGGCGCAGAAGGACCUUGUGAACAAGACCGAGUCGGACAUGACGCAGUACAUGCGUGACACGAUCAUCAAGGAGAACUUGGGCAUUGAAGACGUGUCGGAUGACGAAGUGAAGCGUGCGGUGGAGCUGGUCAGCGUGGACGACUGGGUACCGCUCGCUAUUUGGCUCGCUGGCAUUGUCAACUGGCGUGCGCACCUUGACUGGAGCAGUGAUGGCCACAGCGGUGUGGACGUGAACCUGUAUGUGCAUUCGAAGGACAACAAUGCGACGAUUGCGCAGCAGUUUAUGGGCAACCACGAGAACACCUGGAUCGGGAACUUUACGUCGUCGUUCCUGCAGCUUGACCUCUCGUCGGUGAGCAAGAAGUUGAACAACGACUCGAACUCCGUCGUGCCGAGUCAAGGCAGCGCGAACCACUCGACACCUACGGGGCAGUACGAGCCGGGCAAAGUGCAGCGCCAAGUGCUUCCCAACCCGCUGAAGAACGGCCGCCGUAGCUUGCUGUCGCACCUCCGCUUCCAUGAUUAG